GGAGGGCCUUCCAAACCCUCGUCUAUCUUCUUUUGUUCCUUUUUCCUGUUUUUCUUUUUCAUUUCUCAGUUUUCUUUUAGCUUUUCGGUUCCAGCCUCUCUCCGGCGACUUCUCUGCUUCUAUAUGGUUCGCCAAUCGCCUCCGUCGCAGACAUCUCGCCGGAGAUUCGCCGGAGAUCGACCGAUGUGAUAGAAUUUCGUACAUGAAUGGCGUCUGCUCUCUUAGUCAGUCGAAAUGAACCGUCUUGGGGAGAACGCAAGGUUUAUAUGAGGAAACACCCUAACUCUAAGCCUCGCCUGAAGUCCAACCCUAACCCUAACAAAUUGAUCCAUGACCACCACCACCCAAGCAAGAUUCAUAGCCGUCAGGCUGACGAAUCGGCGGUUUUCGUUCCGACUGUUUCUGAUGACUCGUCCUCCUUGAAUAGGAAAUCCAUCAGCCUCAGCAACCGGAGGGAAUCCUCUGUCGGUGGCUAUGUGUCCUUCAAUAUUGCGGCCUACUCAAGAAGAGAGCUCAAGGAGCUCAAGAAACGCUUGAUCUCCGAGCUAGAAGAGGUCCGGAGUAUGGCCAACCGGAUCGAAUUGAGGGAAAUUCAGUCCAGAUCUGGUUACAGCGCCUCUCAGUUGUCCGGAGGCUAUGGCGCUAGGGAGGUCACAUCAGCCACGCGGCCACCUCCUCUCCACCUAAACCAUCAUUCCUCGUUGGAUUCGCCCAAAGAGAAACGAACACCCAAGGCAAAUCAGUAUUAUCGGCAGUCUGAAUUUGUGACGGGAAAGGAAAAGACGCAUACUGAUGGCAAGAAAGUUUUAGGGAGCAAACGUCCUCUUCCCUUGGUCUCUGGCAGUAGCAGAGAUCCAAAGCGACCUGCAUUGGACCCUCCGUCCGGAAAGCUGUCGUCCGGUAUCAUGAAACGAUGCGAACAGAUCUUGUCCAAGCUGAUGAAGCAUAAGCACGGGUGGAUUUUCAAUGCCCCCGUUGAUGUUGUCGGCAUGGGUCUUCACGACUACAACCAGAUUGUCAAGCAACCUAUGGAUCUUGGGACCGUGAAAACCAAGCUCGGCAGGAACUUCUAUGCAUCACCUGUUGAUUUUGCCUCCGAUGUGCGGUUAACCUUCAAAAAUGCCCUAAUUUACAAUCCUAAGGGCCACGAUGUUUAUGUAAUGGCGGAGCAACUGCUGGCUCGAUUUGAGGAGAUGUUUGAACCUGCGUUCAAGAAAUUCCAAAACUUUAAGCGGCGAGAGGUUCCUGCUGGGGAUAUGCCAAGAAACUCAUGGACUGCAGUUCCAAUCCCAGAGGUUGUCGCGAAGAAGCCUGAUCCUGUCUCAAUCCCCAAUGCGGCUGCUGCAUCAAUCCCAUCACCAGCGCAAACCCCCGCACCAACAUCAGCUUUUGCACUGGCGAGGCCAUUGUCGACAGGAAGGUCAGUGACUGGGAAGCAGCCAAAGCCGAAAGCGAAGGAUCCAAACAAACGGGAGAUGAGCUUUGAGGAGAAGCAAAAACUAGGAUUGAGUCUGCAAAAUCUCCCUCAGGAGAAAAUGGAUCAGGUGUUGCAUAUCAUAAGGAAGAGAAAUACUAAUGUGGCACAGCACGGGGAUGAGAUUGAGCUGGACAUUGAGGUUCUGGACACGGAAACGCUUUGGGACCUUGAUCGGUUUGUGUGCAACUGCAAAAAGAUGAUGAGCAAGAUCAAGAGACAAGCGUUUGCAAGUAACAACCAGAUUCCUGCAGGAGAAGGAAGCAAGUCUCCCAAAAGUGUGAUGCCUGAGGCCUCAAAACCGGAGGCCACAGCUGGAGCAGUUUCAACUUCAACAGCAGCUGCUGCGAAGAAGAUUAAGAAAGGCGAGACUAUGGAAGAGGAUGUGGAUAUUGGGGAGGAGAUGGUGACAAACAACUUUCCUCCUGUGGAAAUUGAGAAAGAUGCUGGUGGUUACGCCAGCAGAUCAAGCAGCUCCAGUAGUUCUAGCAGUGGUUCUUCCUCGUCCAGUGGUUCGUACUCGGGCAGCUCAUCUGGCAGCGAUUCUGACGCGGAUGACGCACAAUCACCGUGUCCGGAGUUGAAAGGCUCCCCUAGGACCAAGGAGGAAUGAUGUGCACAAUGAAACAACUUGAAGUCGGAGGAAGACGAGGCAGAAGAGUAAGUGAUUGAAGAUGAGAUUGAUUUGGGUACAGUUUUUGAAGGUGAGAGGAAAGGUUGGUUGGUUACUAGGUGGCUUUGUUUCGCAUGUACCAUAUGUGUAAAGAUGAAGAACAUGUUAGGGAGUGCAGAAGAUGAAAACAAGUAGAAGAGAUGGAACUGACAAAAUAGUGUAGCUUUUUUUUUUUCCUGCUGCUUUCUGUAGAAGAACAGAAGCACAAGAGAAGAAGGGAUUACAACAAUACCUUUUUGUAAUAUACACAACACCAUCAAGGAUUAAAUCAAAAAGCGCGUGAUUUUGCUUGCAA